GUUUACCAGCGGGGCUAGGCAGUGCAGUGACAGCACGUAGACCGAGCAGGUAUACACAAUAUUCCUAAUGUCUUCAACAAUUCCUUCACAUUCUGGAGCUAAAAAAACAGUAGCAUCAGAAGUACCAUUUGCUGAUCUUUGUUCUACUUUGGAAAGAAUUCAAAAAUCCAAGAGCCGAGCUGAUAAAAGCAAAGUUUUUAAACAGUUUGUUGAUUCAUGGAGAAAAUUUCAUGGUGCCCUUUAUAAAAAUAAUCCACAAACUACAGAUUCUUUUUAUCCAGCCAUGAGACUUAUUCUUCCACAACUCGAGAGAGAACGAAUGGCUUAUGGCAUCAAAGAAACAAUGCUUGCUAAGCUAUAUAUUAAAGUACUUGGAUUGCCAAAGGAUGGUAAAGAUGCUUUGAAACUUUUAAAUUACAGAACACCUGCAGGUUCACAUGGGGAUGCUGGGGAUUUUGCUGCAAUUGCGUACUUUGUACUAAAAUCCCGUUGUACAAAGGAUGGCGAUUUGUCCAUAAAGGAAGUAAAUGAUCAUUUAGACCUGAUUGCAAGCAAUAAUGCAGCAAAAAAGAAAGAACAAAUUGAAAGAAGCCUACUUCAUUUGAUUGCUCACACCACUUCCCUGGAACAGAAAUGGCUUAUCAGAAUGAUUAUAAAGGAUAUGAAACUUGGUUUGAGCCAGCAAACGAUAUUCUCUGUCUUCCACAAAGAUGCUUUGGAGCUCCACAAUGUCACCACUGAUCUUGAAAAAGUAUGCCAGCAGCUACAUGACCCUUCUGUCUGUCUUAGUGAUGUUUCCAUUUCACUGUUUUCUGCUUUUAAGCCAAUGCUUGCUGCAAUUGCAAAUAUACAGCAGAUAGAAAAGCAAAUGAACCAACAGAGUUUCUACAUUGAGACAAAGCUGGAUGGUGAGCGAAUGCAAAUGCAUAAAGAUGGAGAUGUAUAUAAAUAUUUCUCCCGGAAUGGAUUUGAUUACACACCACAGUUUGGUGCAACACCUCUUGAAGGAUCUUUGACUCCAUUUAUUCAUAAUGUAUUUAGAUUAGAUGUGCAAAACUGCAUACUUGAUGGGGAGAUGAUGGCUUACAAUCCAAAUACUCAAACAUUCAUGCAAAAAGGAAACAAAUUUGACAUAAAGAAGAUGGUAGAUGAUUCAGAACUGCAAACAUGCUUCUGCAUUUUUGAUGUUUUAAUGUUUAAUGAUAAAAAACUAGCACAUGAACCACUGAGAAACCGACAUGGUACCCUCCAUGAAAUAUUUACCCCAGUUAAGGGCAGAAUUCAUAUUGUUGAAAAGAAAGAAGCCAGUACAAAAAAGCAUGUGGUAGAUGCACUUAAUGAAGCAAUUGAUAACCGGGAAGAAGGAAUUAUGAUUAAAGACCCCAUGUCUAUAUACAAGCCAGAUAAACGUGGAGAGGGAUGGUUAAAAAUUAAGCCAGAGUAUGUGAAUGGUUUAAUGGAUGAGCUAGACCUCCUAAUCAUUGGAGGUUAUUGGGGAAAGGGAUUACGUGGCGGUAUGAUGUCUCAUUUCCUAUGUGCUGUUGCAGAAGCCCCACAACCAGGUGAAAAGCCAUCAGUUUUUCACUCACUCUGUCGUGUUGGCUCUGGUUAUACAAUGAAAGAGUUGUAUGACCUUGGUUUAAAGCUUGCUCCACACUGGAAGCCAUAUCGAAAAAGAGACCCCCCUGUUAAUAUCCUUUGUGGAAAUGAAAAACCUGAAGUGUACAUACAACCGUGUAACUCUGUCAUUGUACAAAUAAAAGCAGCAGAGAUUGUGGCGAGUGAUAUGUACAAAACAAGUUGCACUCUUCGUUUUCCACGCAUUGAAAAAAUAAGAGAUGACAAAGAGUGGUUUGAUUGCAUGACUCUUGAUGACUUAGAACAAUUCAGGGAAAAGGCCUCUGGGAAACUGGCUUCAAAACACCUGAAUAUUGAUGAUGAGCCUCAGAGUAAGAAGAGGAAAACUGCAACCAAGAUCAAAAAAGUAAUUGGUAUUGUUUCACAUCUAAAAGCACCUGAUCUUACUACCGUUCAUAAACAAUCCACAAUGUUUGAAGAUGUAGAAUUUUGUGUGAUGAGUGGAACAGAUGAGCAUUCAAAAAGUGAUCUAGAAACCAAAAUUGCUUCAUGUGGGGGUAUUGUGGUGCAAAAUCCAGGUCAGGAUACAUAUUGUGUUAUUGCAGGAACUAUCAAUGUAAGAGUAAAAAAUAUUAUUUCUUCAGAUAAACAUGACGUUGUUAGAGCAACAUGGCUCAUAGAGUGCUUUAGUAAGAAAACAUUUGUACCCUGGCAGCCUCACCAUAUGAUACAUAUGUGCCCAUCUACCAAAGAACACUUUGCAUGUGAGUAUGACUCUUACGGCGACAGCUACAUUAUGGACACUAAUGAGGUAGAACUGAAGGAUGUUUUUAACAGAAUGUCUUAUAUUAAAGAGAAAGUACCCCUGGACAUGAUUGCUGAUUUAGAACAUCGAUACUCAUGGGACAACUCUUCUAACAUAUUUCGACACUGUGUCAUAUAUGUAGAUUAUUUUGCCACAGUUAAUGAUCCAAACACCAAAAUAGACUCAUCCAGUUUAGCAAUAAGAGCACUACAGCUACGCUUCCAUGGAGCGAAAGUAAAAAACCAUCUUAAUGAAGGACUGUCACAUGUAUUAGUUGGUGAUGAUUUAACUCGCGUGGGAGAAAUUAAAAUCACAAGAAGAACUUUUGAAAGAAAGUUUAAAAUUGUGUCACAGUCAUGGGUACUGGACUCGUUAAAUAUGGGAACACUCCAGGAAGAAUACAAAUAUUUAAUGUAAAAUGUCAUACUUUUAAAUGUUUUUAACUUGUUUUAUUGUAUUCUGUAUUUUUUUUUGUUAUUCUUAUUUAUUUUGGUGCUUUUAAUUUUUAGCAUAUUAGUAAAUGUUUUACUCGUUCUUGAAUUAUUUCUCUGUGGGGAGAGCUGCAUUUUGCUUGCAGAAUUAGUGUAUGCUGUUUUAAACUGAUAUCCGUGGUAUCUUUUCAAACAUUUUUGAGAAACUAAACUUACUUGUUAUCUGGU